AUGUUAGCCAGAAGUACUCAAUAUGCAAGAAGCAGCAGUAAAGCAUUGAUUGGCGAUCUGUGUUGCAACUUGGCUUCAUCAUCGAGAUACUUCUCGUCACAAUCAAGCGGUAUCAAGAAUUCAACAUUGGUAUCCUCAUUUCUCUUUGUCCAAAACAACAACAACAACAACAACAAUGGACAACAACAUACAAGGACAUUCAGAUCCUCAACACCACUGCUAGAGGAGAAGCGUGAUCUUUAUGAGGUGUUGGGUGUACCAAAGACUGCCACAAAGCAAGAGGUCAAAAAGGCAUUCUACGACCUGGCAAAGAAAUUCCAUCCGGACCAGAACAAAGACGAUCCCAAUGCACACAGGAAAUUCUCAGAGAUAAGCAAUGCCUACGACGUUUUGUCCAAUGAGAACAAGCGUGCCAUGUAUGACGCACAGGGUCACCAGGGCGCCACAGCUCAGGACUAUGGAGAUUUCAAUCCAAACGAUAUGAACUAUGAGGAGAUCUUCCAGCACUUCAACCUCAGCGAUCUGUUUGGUGAGGGCUUUGGCGGCGGCGGUGGCAAGUCACAACACGGCUCCGACAUCCAGGUCAAGCUGACACUGGACUUUAUGGAGGCAGUCAAUGGUUGCAACAAGGACAUUUCUUUUUAUGGCGCUUCAACAUGUUCGCCUUGCGAUGGCACUGGUGCCAAACCAGGCACAAAGAUGACCAACUGUUCCACUUGUCGCGGAACUGGUCGUGUGACCAAGUCCAACGGUCUGUUCCAAGUUGCAACCACCUGCAAGUCUUGCAAAGGUCAAGGAAAGAUUAUCAAGGAGCCAUGCACCAGCUGCAGUGGUAAGGGCAAGACGCAGGGCAACAGAACGCUCAACAUCAAGAUCCCUCAAGGUGUCAACAGUGGAAUGAACAUUAGAAUCACUGGUCAAGGAGAACCAGGUGAUAAGGGUGGAAGAAGAGGCAACCUCUAUGUACAGGUUACUGUUAAAGAACACGAGUUAUUUAAGAGAGAGGGAACAGAUAUUCACUUGAACGUACCAAUCUCUAUUGGACAGGCCAUCAUGGGCGAUACCAUUUCAAUUCCAACGCUGACAGGCGAGGUUGACCUCAAGGUGGCAUCGGGCACACAGCCAAACGACAAGGUUGUCUUGCGAAACAAGGGCAUCCGAUCGGUCAACGACAUGACCUAUGGCAACCAAUAUGUGCACUUCACCGUCAACAUCCCCAAGUCGGUCAACGAGAAGCAGAGACAGUUGAUCAACGAGUUUGACCUGGAGGAGAAGAACAAGAACGGACCUCUCGACAGUCUCACUCAUCCAGUCAUGUCAUUCUGGAACUCGGCAAUGAAGCGAUGGAGAGAUUACUCAAAGAAGUUCAAAUAA